UACCUGACGCUGCUGGAUGAGGCCGACCAUUGGGAACAACGGUCCAAGCUAAUUGGUCUGGACGCCAGGGAACGUCGUCGAGCAAGCCAUUUUGCCCGAGCCUGGCGGCCAGUGAGUCGAGAGGCCAAACGACUGGAUACCGAAGCGGCGGUGGCUCGACGUCAGUUGACGAUUCACGACUCCACCAACUCCGUGGGUUUGGUCGGUGAGACGAUUGGUCUACAAAGGACUCUGGAGAGUCUUGAUUCCGUGAUUGUUGAGGGUCUGGACGACGUGUGGAGACUAGAGCCGAGUGAAGAUGUUGAAUCCGAGGAAUUGGUCAAUCUGGUCUAUCCGGAGGCGAGAAUGCGAGCGCUUCUCGAGUGGACGGGCGGUUGGAUUACGCGGCUUAUACAGGCACAGCUAUCUUCCGAUCCAAAGCACACUCGAUCCGAUGUCGAUGUAGUGGUUCAGAUGGGCGUCUGGAGCGAGUCAUACACUCGAGUAGGUAGUCACUAG